AUGAUUCUUCAUCUCUUCUCCAGAAGGCAUCCUAACUCGAUUGGCCUUGGGAAAGUGGCGGAAGGACGUUGGAAAAGAUUCGUCAUGUCCAAAGCAAUGCCUUCGGUUCCUGGGAAUAUUCGAGUCUCUGACGAGCUGUAUUUGCAAAUCCAAAGACUUUGUCACUAUUCACAACGCCUGCCAAAUAUCAACGUCUUUGGUACAACCCUUCGUACAUUUACAUCAAUAUCAAAACCAGUUGAUGAAAGCGAUGAUAAAUCUUCACCUGUAGGCACCAAGAUUAUUGAAAUCGACACGAUUUCGUGGUCGGACGACCCGGCCAAAUGGCUCAAGGAAACAUGCAUGUCAUAUCAAUUUGCGGACAAGAAGAAAUCAACUGUUGACAAGCUUCUACCAGACCAAUGGAUGAAUACUCACAAUGCCUCACAUUGGAUGCCAAGAAUUAUGAAGGCAAUGUGGAAAAAGCGGAAUCUUGGGACGGAUGCCGAUGAUCGCUAUGUUUGCGACUUUAUGGCCCUUUGUGAGGCAGUGAAUCGACUCGAGGACGCAACGGAUUUGGAGAAAAUAGCGGCUAAUUUGCUCGAGAAGAUCAUUGUUUUUCAAUCACACGCCUCUCCAGAGAAACAUUGCGAGGUACAUCAUACGUGGCCAGUUUGUGCUUUGGGCUCAACAGAAGACCCAAGAAAUUACAAGGUUGUCUCAUGGAAGGCCCAUCUUCUUUGCCACGUUGCUCUGGCAUCCCUCUUUCCAUCCAUUCGGGGAUUCAAUUUAACGGUCGCCCGGAUGCUGCACCUUGGGGAGAGUAAAUUGACUGAGGAAGAGAUACUGGCAUGCCUCGAACGGGAGGAGUUAGUUGGCGCUGCUGCGAAUGCACGAGAAAGAGCGUAUCAAGAUUUACUAGAUGCUACACAAAGACAAUGGGAUAACUGGUUUAAUCAAUUGCUUGCAUUCAAAGACGAACACGGGCAUUGUCUAGUUCCUGUAUCUUUCCCAGGACUUGGCAUGUGGGUGGCCAAGCAGCGUUGCCUUUCUCGAAAGGAUAUUCUGAGUGACGAUCGAAAGCGACAGCUGGAAGCGAUUGGGUUUGUUUGGAACCCACUUGAUGAGCAGUGGGAUGGCAUGAUGGAGCAACUUGCUGCUUUCAAAGACGAAAACGGUCAUUGUCUAGUUCCUCGAUCUUUCCUAGGUCUUGGCAGAUGGGUGGACACACAACGUGUACUUUAUCGAAAGGAUAUUCUGAGUGACGAUCGAAAGCGAGAGCUGGAAGCGAUUGGGAUUGUUUGGAACCCACUUGACGACCAAUGGGAUAACUGGUUUAAUCAAUUGCUUGCAUUCAAAGACGAACACGGUCAUUGUCUAGUUCCUCGAUCUUUCCCAGGACUUUGCAGAUGGGUGGACAAGCAACGUGGACUUUAUCGAAAGGAUAUUCUGAGGGACGAUCGAAAGCAAGAGCUGGAAGCGAUUGGGUUUGUUUGGAAUCCACUCGACGAACAAUGGGAUAACUGGUUUAAUCAAUUGCUUGCAUUCAAAGAUGAACACGGGCAUUGUCUAGUUCCUGUAUCUUUCCCAGGACUUGGCAUGUGGGUGGCCAAGCAGCGUUGCCUUUCUCGAAAGGAUAUUCUGAGUGACGAUCGAAAGCGACAGCUGGAAGCGAUUGGGUUUGUUUGGAACCCAUUCGAUGAGUAA